GGUUAAGUUCGCUUCUCGUUCGGUUGGCUUAAAAUUAACAGUGUACAGUGCUUCAGAUAGUUUGCUGCAUUUCUGCACAGGUGUUGACGGACGCUAGUGAAGUGUUGUGGAAAAAUAAGAAAUUAACACUUUUUUCCUCUGCUCUAAAUAGAGGCAGAUUUUUUCAUCUGUGGGGCGUACCAUUGUAUGGCACAUCGUCCCGUCAGUGCAAUGUCGCGUCAAGAAUCGGAAAUGAUCAACCGCAGCCGUCGUGCGCUCUCGUCCGGCUCGCUAUCGGAUUCCGUCGAGAAGCUGCGCCACAUGUGUCUGGCCCGCGGGGCAUCCGGAAUCCUAGGUCUGGGCCGCUGCUUCCGUCGUAUGGACGACGACGGCAACAAGGCACUGUCGGUCGAAGAAUUCAUCAAGGGUUUGCACGACACCGGACUGGAAGUUACCAGCGAGGAAGCAACGGAGAUUUUCAAUAAAUUCGACACGGAUGGCAGUGGUUCCAUCAACAUGACGGAAUUCUUGGUUGCCAUAAGACCAUUCAUGUCCGACUCGCGCAAGAGCAUCGUUGAACAAGCCUUCGCUAAGUUGGACAAAACUGGCGAUGGAACUAUCACGGUUGAAGAUUUGAAGAACGUCUACUCGGUCAAGAACCACCCACUGUACAUCAGCGGCGAGGAAACUGAGGACAACAUUCUACGCAAGUUCCUUGCCAAUUUCGAGGAGAAUGGUAACGUGGAUGGAACCGUCACCAAGGAAGAGUUUCUCAACUACUACUCCGGUCUAAGUGCCUCAAUCGAUUCAGACGCCUACUUCGAUCUGAUGGUCCGUCAGGCCUACAAACUGUAAAUCACCUUUCUCAAUAUUGUUGGACGCAGUUGUCCCGUAACGUAUGCUAAGUCGUUAAAAAUGCAACAAUACUAUUUAUUAUCAAAGUACAUCUUUAGAUGAGCAGCAUGCUACCAAAUAAAAGAAAAAGAAACAAAGCGAUUUUCAAAAGUGCGAUGAAACAUUCACAGUCUUGGAACUGCCCGCUAUACUCUGUCUAUUCCAUCUGUUUUUGCGUUAUUAGUUUGUAGGACUCGAAAGUAAUGUUUUUUAUGCAGUUAAUAUUUUUAAACAUUUGACAAACAUAAUAAUUUAAUACCAUACUAUGGACAAUUGUGACUAGAAGUAAUAAAACAAUGUUCGACUAACUUGGUUAC